UCCACAUCCCCACACGGCAGGAAACCAUGUCGCUGAGAUAGAGACAGGCUAAGCUUAAUUCCAAUUAUGGGUCGAAGACCGUGUUGUUCAAAGGAGGGAGUCAAGAGAGGGCCGUGGACUGCUCAAGAAGACAAGUUGCUUGCGGAUUAUAUCAGAGAUCACGGUGAAGGCAAAUGGAGUAGCGUUCAGAAACAAGCAGGGCUUAAGAGAUGCGGGAAGAGCUGUAGGCUUCGGUGGUUGAAUUAUCUGAGGCCGAAUAUCAAGCGAGGCAACAUUACACAAGAUGAAGAAGACCUAAUCAUCAGGCUCCACAAACUCUUAGGCAACAGAUGGUCUCUAAUAGCGGGGAGAAUUCCAGGGCGAACAGACAAUGAAAUCAAGAACUACUGGAACACCAACUUGUGUAAGAAACCACUACCAAACAAUUUUGUACCAUGCAGACCCUCCGAGGAGGCCUCCUCAGACCCACAACAAGAACAACAGUCCAAAGCUGAAGACAAAUUAAGCAACGUCCCCAAAUACAAUAAUCAGAAUGCAGAAUCAGAAACCAGUGAAGGGUCACUAUCGUCAUCGGCGACUAGGGAAGAAGAAGACUAUUCUUCUCAUGACUUGUGGAUGAAUUUUUACACGAGGGAAAUGAGCCUUUCACAGUUUCUGGACACUGACUUUUCAAAUAUGAGCAAUUUGUUUGCCGGGGUCAUAGUUGGAGGAUAUUCUAGUACAAAACCCAUGCAUGACGAUGAUGUGGAGGCAGAUUUUGGAGCUCAACUGGCUGCUUUCACGGACUUAGCUGACGAAUGGAUCAUGUAAUAAAAUAAGCAUAUGUGUAUGUGUUGGCAUUAUCAAAAUCUUGUAUUAUAGUAGCACCGAAUAAACUAGCUGCCUAGGUAGGGGGAAAACUUGUGUUUUAUGCCCUUCAGAGAUUAAACAUAUGGCGGAAUUUGUUUGGGUGAACUUUGAGACAUGUAUCUUUGUUUUAUAAGACUCUACAGUAAUAACGUGCUACGUGUUGUAGAUUUA